AACGACAAUGGCUCUAGCCAAUCACACUGCGCCAGGUACCCAUGACGUCAUCUUCAUGCUCCACAGCAACGUGGACCGCCAGGAGAAGCUUUCUCGAAUCGCCUCCCGGAACUUUUAAUCCUCGUCGAAUCAGUGUUAGGGUGGAGUUGGUCUGUUGCUGUGCGAAACGCUACAGUUCGAUCCCUCAUAGAAACGCGUCAUUUCGUAAUUGGCAUUUCUGUGAACUGAUUGAACAAUCUAGACCAAAAUGCUGCUUGCCUACGGACAACCUUCAAGGAAUUGCCGGUUCGGGAUGAAUUUGGGCUUUGGGGAGAUGUUUCUACUGGUCAUACUGCUUCCAGUGCUUUCUUCUGCAUUGAAAGCUGACGAUUGUGAAGUUUGCUUCAAGGUGGUUGACACUUUCCGAGCAUCACUAUCAGAGUCUGAUUUGAAGGACAGAUUCAAGGUGGAUAACAAGUUUAGAGCUUGGUGUGAAGAUUCCAAGGGAAAAGACCACAAAUUUUGCUACUAUAUGGGAGGGCUGGAAGAGUCAGCUACUGGGAUCCUGGGAGAACUGUCUAAGCCACUCAUUUCCUCUCUGCCCACAGACAAAAUCUGUGAAAGACUGAAGAAGAAGGAUGGACAGAUUUGUGACCUCAGAUAUGAGAAGCAGAUCGACCUGAAGACAGUGGAUUUGAAGAAGUUGAAGGUGCGUGAUCUGAGAAAGAUCCUCAGUGACUGGGAUGAAGACUGUGAUGGAUGUGUCGAGAAGGCAGAAUACAUCAAGCGUAUUGAGGAACUGAAGCCAAAAUACUUGAGGGAAGAAUUAUGAUGACUGUACCACAUAGCCCAACUUGUGUGUCACACCUGUGAGAAUGUGAUAAUAGCGCACACCCUUUCACAGUAAAUCAUGAGUCAUCAUCAUCCUGAUCCUGCAUUUUUUCAGGAACUUCCAAAAGUGUUGGUGAGCACGGGUGUGGCAUCUUCUAUUCCUACCCUAGAUCUCAUCUUAAAAGUUGGGUGUGACAUGAUCCUCCUGUGGUGGUUCUUGGAUGCUUCCCUGCCUUUCUUGGGAUCUUUUUUUUCUGUUGCCAUUGAGGCAAAGAAUAUUUAUUUGGCUGAAAAUAAAUUGAAAGUGGUUGAAUUCAAAUUCAGA